AUGGGAUUUUUCAAUCGUAGGACAACACCGUUGCUGGUGAUAGUGUUGGCACUGAUUGCGGUCUGCAUCGACGCGUACGCCGGAGAUUCCAGUGAAGAGCGGCCGCAGGUGCCCGAUGGAGAGCGACUCAACUGCGAGCUGCCCUCGGUAACGACGGCUAGCGGUUCCCUUGUCAAGCGCCGUGUUUUCUGCCCAGGAGAGCUCAUUUUUGAGGAUAAUUUCGACCGACUGGAUCUGGAAAAGUGGCAACACGAGCACACGCUCGCCGGUGGUGGGAACUGGGAGUUUCAGUACUAUUCCAACGGUCGGAAAAACUCUUUCGUGAAGGAUGGCAUUUUCUUCAUUCGACCAUCGCUGCUGGCGGAUGAGACGGGCGAAGGGUUCCUUUCGAGCGGCCUACUAAACAUCCACGGUGGCAGUCCUCACGAUUACUGCACGAACCCGUCCAACUAUGGCUGUGAACGUCAGGGCACCCCAGAAAACUAUCUGAAUCCCAUCAAAAGUGCCCGAGUGCGGACGGUGAACUCGUUCAAUUUCAAGUACGGCAAGCUGCAGAUUCGCGCCAAGCUUCCAACAGGGGAUUGGUUGUGGCCCGCCCUAUGGUUGAUGCCGAAACUGAAUCAGUACGGUACGUGGCCAUCGUCCGGUGAGAUCGAUUUGAUGGAGAGCCGCGGAAACCUUGACUACAGUAUCAACGGUGACCAGCUCGGGGUGGAGCAUGUUGGCUCGACGAUGCACUACGGCCCACACCCGGGACUCAAUGGGUACGAGUAUGCUACCGAGGCUAAAUAUUCGCCGAAAGGGCAAGGAUACAACAAGGCGUUCCACCUGUACCAACUCGAGUGGACACCGGAUUUUAUGAAGUUCAGCGUCGAUGGUGAGCAGGUGAUGCUGAGGGAGGGUAACUUCUGGGAGCUCGGCCAGUUUGAUCAGCGUGCACCUGGAACACCCAAUCCGUGGAUUGAUGGUGGCAAGAUGGCACCGUUCGAUCAGGAGUUCCACAUCAUCAUGAAUGUGGCUGUCGGCGGAACGAAUGGAUUCUUCCCGGACGCUCCGGCCGUUAACGCUAAUGGGAACAAACCGUGGAGCAACCAGUCGCCGACGGCAAUCCGCGAUUUCUGGCUGGCUCGUGAUGAUUGGUUGCCACUGUGGAAACUGCAGGAGAACGAAGGCAGGGAAGCAGCCUUACAAGUCGACUACGUGCGCGUAUGGGCGUUAUAA